UGUUUGUGUCUGCUUUUGUUUUAAACUGCAGAUCAAUAUAUUACACAUUUAACAGCCGAUUUCCUUGUACAGCGUUUAACAUCUGGUUUGUGUGUUCAUUAUGCGACUAAUGAUGCAUUUGCACAGCGGUUGAUGAACAGAUUUGAGGGUGUGUGGUCAGUAUUUUGAGAAACAGACUCGUGCGUCUGAAUAAUUAUGGGUUCACUCGGGAGCCGCUUUCAGUCGUCCCCCCGGGGCCCAGAGGAGACUGUGGAGCGACAGUGUGCUGGAAACAGACACAGCUGUGAGUGCAGGAAGAGGAAACGCAGCUUGCGAUGUGAGUGUGACAGCGAGCCGGAAGAAGAGGACAGCCAGCUGGACACGCCACGCAGGAAGAAGUUAAAAAGCACCUCUAAGUACAUCUACCAGACACUGUUCCUGAAUGGAGAGAACAGUGACAUCCAGAUCCGUGCUUUGGGGCAGGAGUGGAACCUUCAUAAAAUUUACCUCUGUCAGUCAGGCUAUUUCUCCAGCAUGUUCAGUGGAUCCUGGAAGGAGUCUAACAUGAUGGUUAUUGAGCUUGAGAUCCCAGACCAGAACAUUGACACUGAGGCUCUUCAGGUGGUUUUUGGGUCGCUCUACAGGGAUGAUGUUCUGAUCAAACCGAGUCGAGUUGUUAAUAUUCUGGCCGCUGCUUGCAUGCUUCAGUUGGAUGGCCUGAUCCAGCAGUGUGGAGAGACCAUGAAGGAGAAUGUAAAUGUGAAGACCGUGUGCAGCUAUUAUAACUCGGCCACCAUGUACGGCUUGGACUCCGUCAUGAAGAAAUGUUUAGAGUGGCUCCUCAAUAACCUGAUGACGCAUCAGAAUGUGGAGCUAAUGAAGGAGCUCGGGGGAGACAUUAUGGAGCAACUCAUUCAGUCCUCUGAUCUGUUUGUAAUGCAAGUAGAGAUGGAUGUUUACACGGCACUGAAGAAGUGGAUGUUCUUGCAGCUCAAUCCAUCUUGGGACGGUCCAAUAAAGCAACUUCUGCUGGAUGCAGAUGCCUGGCUGUGUAAAAGAAGAAGUGAUGCUGGAGAAGUGGAGCCAUUUCUAAACACAGAUGAUGGAAUGCCCUUCGUCCCUGUGUUCAGACACAUCCGCCUGCAGUACAUCAUUAAUGACCUGGCCUCAGCCCGCAUGCUGGAACGGGACAACAUCCUACCUCCCGAGUGGCUGAGCUCUGUAUACAAGCAGCAGUGGUUCGCCAUGCUGAGGACUGAACAUGAUAAUGAUAACGGACCUCAGGAGGCCAACAAAGAGGAGUUUGAGCUCAACAGUAUGCGCUGUGGACGUAAACUGACCAAAGAUGGAGAUUAUUGUUGGCGAUGGACGGGGUUUAAUUAUGGUUUUGACCUGCUGGUGACUUACACAAACCGCUUUAUAAUCUUCAAGAGGAACACGCUGAGCCAGCCGUGUGGAGGAGCUGUUAGCUUACAGCCACGACGACAUCUAGCGUACCGAUUGCGCCUUGCUUCAUUCGACAGCAGUGGAAAAGUGGUUUGCAGUCGUUCAACAGGCUACCAGCUUGUCACCCUCGAAAAAGAUCAGGAAUAUGUGGUGAUGAAUCUGGACAGUCGACUCUUGUCUUUUCCUCUAUACGUGUGCUGUAACUUCCUGUACACUUCACCAUCCAGCGAGAGGAGAGGAGAAACAGCCGAACCAGAAAGCAGCGCCCGCAGUGUGUCCUGACUUUUCAGCAUUUGUCGCACUUUCAGAGCCUAAUGUGUAUGCUUCUUUUCUGUCAUUUUUAUUUGUAUCCCUCCUUUGUAAAUAGUCAGGUGCCUUUUAAAUAAUUUGCUACAGGUCAAAUGUUUGGGGCUUUAAAUAUGUUUUAUAAAAUAAGCGUAUUCUGCUCACCAAGGAUGCAUUUAUUUGAUCAAAAAUACUGUGACUACUGUCAAAUUGUGUAAUAUUGUUAUAGUUUAGAAUAAGUGUUUUCUUACUGGAUGUAGUUUACAAUUAUAUCAAUUCCUGUAUUCAGUGUUACGUGAUCCUUCAGAAAUCAUUAUAUUAUUCUCAUUUACUGUUCUAUUAUGAUUGAAAUAUUUCUGGUCCUUUGAUCAUUCUCUAUGAAUAAAAACUAAUCGUGUAAUAGCAAUUUUGAAUGGUAAUGUUUCAGUUUCCACAAAAAUAUGAAGCAGCCCAACAUUUUGACACUGAUGAUAAUAAUAAGAAAUGUUUCCUCAGCAGAAAAUCAUUAUAUUAUGCUAAUUUCUGAAGGAUCCUGUGACUGAAGACUGAGGAUUUCACAUUUUAAAGUACAUUCAAUGAGAAAAGGUCAUUUUUAAUUGUAAUGUUUCACAAUUUUAGUAUAUAUGAUGAAAUAUGUGAGCCAGUAUACGCAUCUUUUAAAAACAUUUUUCAAAGUUUUGACCAUUAAUGUACAUAGAUCAGCAUCAGAGCUAAGAGGAAGUACUCUUAGUCUUCGUUUUUCUUUUUGUUUAUAUUUGUUUGGAAGUUUCAUAUACUGUAUUUAUGCAUAUAUAAUGUUAGGCUGCUUGUUUAUUGGUCAGUCAUUCCCAGAUUCUUUUUAAAUUAACAUGAAUAAUGAAAAAGACUGAGUAUAUAGAUUUUUGUACUGUUAACAAUCGUCUGAAAUUGGUGCUACAGUAAAACGCGUUGUUGUUGUCUGUCAAUGCAUGCUGAUGUAGGAACAGUGAAGGUUUAACUGGCAUGGGUUGUUGGUUAACUGACAGGGCAUUUUGUUAAGCCAUUUCCACCAGUGUCCAAUGAAGCAGUACAAAUUGUUCAGAUUUAUACAC